GUUUGGCCCUUAUCGAGUUUUUGUUUCUGUAGUUAUAUCAUACAUGGAUUAUACAGAAGAACCCGUUAUUUACCGACACGUGUCCAGAAUCCUCGAAGAUGGCAAGUCUUUCAAUGAUAUUUAAAGGAAAGUGGCUAUGGCUUAUGUUGAUGUUGGUGAAUGUGAAAAGCUCUGAGAGCUGCCCAGAACACUGCCAACAAUGUGACCAAUUUAAGAGCUGCUUGAAGUGCAUGGAUGGAUACCACGGACAGUACUGCGGGAAAUGUGGAAUGGACGUGGCAUGUCAGGCCGUAACCUGCCCCCCAGACUGUAAGGAUAACAUCUGCCUCCCAGAGAGUGCCGCGUGUGUAGAAUGCAACGGUAAAGGGUAUGGUGUAGCGUGUGAUAAGACGUGUCAUGGCUGUAUGACGAGUUGUUUCAGAAGUGGCAGAUGCAAGUCAGGAUGUAUUGAUGGGUACUACGGUACGUCCUGUAAUCUCAAAUGUGGAACUGACUGUUCUGAAGGAGGCCAGUGUCGGAUGUAUGAAGACGGCCAGCAAAGGAUAUGCACGACAGGUUGUAAAUACGAUGCUGAUGGUAAUAACAUCAUACAUAGCUGUGUAGCUGUGUCAGUCCAGGAUGGUUCCGGUGCUGAUAUGAUCGCCCCUUCCACAGUGGUACCAGUCGGCCUGCUCAUCGUCGUUCUUGUGAUAUUGUUGUAA